UGCAUAAUUUAAUGUAAUGCAAUGUAAUGCAACGUUUCCCUCGGACAGGAGAUGGUUAACUAGAAGGCUCCUGUCUUCCGUAUGGUGGGGGUGUGUUCAUUUUCCCAUGCACACUUCCUACCAUGUUCCCCCCGAGCACCAGACACUCCACACCUACUCACACGCUCGCACAGCCACACGGGAGACGUCAGCUCGUCCACAGCCGCUCUUCCCACGAUCCACACAAAAUCUGUCACCAUGGGGACAGGAUGCAUAACGGCCGCCAAAUAUUUCCUCUUCCUCUUCAACCUCCUGUUCUUCAUCUUCGGAGGAUUCAUCAUGGGCUUCGGACUGUGGGUGCGCCUGGACACCAUGAGCUUCAUGGCAGUGUUGCAGGACUCCUCGGACACGGUGAACGUGGCGUCCUACAUCCUCAUCGGGGUGGGCGCCCUCACCAUGUCCAUGGGCUUCUUCGGCUGCAUCGGCGCCGUCUUAGAGAUCCGAUGUCUGCUGGGACUGUACUUCACCUGCCUGCUGCUGAUCCUCAUCGCCCAGGUGACCGCCGGCGUGCUGGUGUACUACCAGCAGGAACAGCUGAAGACGGAGCUCUCCAACAUCAUUAACGGCAUGCUGGUCAACUACACGGGCCAGAACAAAACCACGGACCAAACCUGGGACUACAUUCAGAAGACGAUGCAGUGCUGUGGUUGGAGUGGCCCGGGUAACUGGUCGGAGAACCUGGUGAUCAAGAACAGCACUGGUUUCAUGUACUCGUGUUCCUGCCGCAACGAAACUCAGCCGGGCACAUCGGUGGCGGAGAGCGGCCUGUGUGACAGCCUCUCUGCCAAGCUGCCCGUCUUCGAAACGGGCUGUGAAAGCAGCGUGGAGGGGUGGCUCCUUGACAACAUGGGAGUUAUUCUUGGAAUCUGUGUUGCAGUCGCUGUCGUGGAGCUCCUGGGAAUGAUCCUGUCGAUGUGUCUGUGCAAGAGCGUCGUGGUGGAGGACUACUCCAAAGUCCCCAAAUACUGAGCUUCAAACCAGCUGUAGCACACACACACACACACACACACACACACACACACACACACACACACACACACACACACACACACACACACACACACACACACACACACACACACACACACACGGAGAACUCCUCCCUCUCCCACACCAUCACACUCCCUCUAUCGUGUUCUAUCUCCCUGCAUGUUUGUGUGCGUGUGUGUUUAAAGAGAAACACACACCCAGGACAAAAUAUGUCCCUCUACCGUUCAGUCAUACACAGAACACACGGCAUAGCAGCUGUCACCACCCUCUCUGAGCAGACAGCUGUGUACAUUUCUUAUUUUAAGUCACACCCACACCCACAUGCACGUGUUUGUGUGUGUGUGUUUGUGUGUGUGCGUGGUUGUUCGUGGAAGCCUCUCAGUCCAGCUGGACUCGUGGACUUCAUGGAAUGAAUCGUUGGCCUCACGUUGCCACAUGAAUGAAAUAUUGUAGAAAUCAAAUGAAAGGAGUCGUUGUUUAUUUUGGUGGGAUGCAAGAGUUGUAGCGUCCUUUCUUUGUAGUACGUUAAUAUUGACGUGUGAGUAGAUCCUUGCGUUGUAUCGCUUUCAGGACACUUGUUGGCUCCCUAGCCAGGCAGAAAGAGCACUUAAAGAAGAAAUCCGGUGUAAAAUGGAUCUGGGAUAUGUUUAGUGUGAUAACGAGUUGGAAUGUUCGUUUGGGAGCAAAAAAGUGCAUAUAGACACAUUCUUAAGUUGGCUGUUUUUAGCCGAUUCUACCAAAACGCUAUAUAUGCACUUUUUUGCUCCAAAACGAACAUUCCAACUCGUUAUCAUACCAAACACAUACCAAAUCCAUUUUACAUCGGAUUUCUUGUUUAAGGGAAAUUUGUUGCGAUCAGAGCGCCUCCUUUCAUCGUAGGAGCAGUGGGUGGAGGUCCGGGGUCACACCAGCGUAACCCCAACCCCUUGUAGUCUGUGACCCCACAUCCGGGGGGGUACCUCCAGUGCUGUGUGUGUGUGUGUGAAAGGCUUGCUGGGAAUGAGGCCUUGGGUUCUACCUGGUGGCCUCAUAACAGCCUACCCUCCAUGCCUGCCAAUAGCACCCACCCAGCCGACCUCUGACACCACCCACCUCGCGUUCCCCCCGGGCUCUCUCUCUCUGGGCGGUCUCCGGCAUCCAGACCAGAUCUGCGUGGAGACCUGCACUAUGUGUGUGUGUGCGUUUAUGUGUGUCCACGUUGCAUCCAGUGAGUUAUCAUCGUUAUUAUUAUUAUUUUCAUGUUGUCACUUUUUUCAACUGUGUGUAUAUAUAUAUAUAUAUAUAUAUAUAUGACUAUGCGAAGGGAUUAUUGCCUUCAUCUGCGCGGUCAGCGCUUUUGCAAGGGAAGAGUGGUCUCCCACAUACCUUUUGUUUGAGUUGUUUUGUGUUUCCCUUCCUGUGUUUUUAAUGAUGUACAGACUCGGCAGCCACAGCACUAUUGAGGGCCAAAUAUGAACUCAGAGCCCGAUAUUUUAGUUUGUCAGACUGUUAUCUCCAUUCCAACUCACCUCCUUUUUGAAGUGGCUUUUUCUAGCGGGAACUAGUUAACUUUUCAUUUUUUUCAGGCUUUUCGCUACACUUUUGGUAAUGACUGAUUUAUUAAAAUUCAACACUUUUCGCCAAACAAAAGAAAUAACAGGAAAAGGAAAUAAUAGGGAAGAAAUUUGAUUUAUCUUAUGACUUUUUAUUGUAUUUUAAUUAUAGAGCUGCUGUGCGCAUCAUUGUUUUUGACAUGAUCAUCACAUGUGUAUCUUUAAAAAUGCAUUUUGUCUGUGGAAACCACAAAUGUCUAAAGAAAAUCCAAAUAACAUGUUUUCCUGGAAAAGUAUAGGCCGAUUAUCAAAUCAGUAUUUAAACAAGGCGAAACUAGACACUAAUUGAGAACCGGCCACAUUAAUUUAACAAAAAAAAAUGAAGGUUUUGUAUUUUGUUACACCUAUUUUACGUUAUGCCCUGUGCAAAAUAACCAUAUCGUGUCCCAGUUUUAUGUUAAUUGUUUCUUUUUGUAUUUCUUUUUUGUAUUAUCAGGACUUGUCAAUAAACGAGACAGAAAUAUA